AUGAAAGUUCACUUCGUUUUAUUAAUUGUGAGGUGGUUUGGCCAUUUUGGCACUCUUGCAGCAUCCGGUAAGUUUGUAAAACAACUUACAUAUUUCUUUUUGGUUAUUUUGAAAUUAUAUCAGAAAUAACCACAAGCGUUUGCCAAAUACAUAUUGCAGGACCAAAUAAAGGCUGUAUUUCUCCGGGGAAAGUUUAAGUAUUUUUAAAUGGUCCAACAUUUCCUCGACUUCUAGAGUAGGACUGUUUUAUUGUGAAUUGGUAUUUCAGCCGUAAGAAUGUUUCAAAUGAAAUCAAUGAACAGGAGAACGGUUCUAAGCAACAAAAAAAUGAUUGAUUGUCGUGGUUGUUGUUUCUUAUCUUGAAAUCUAAACUGAAAAAAAAAAAAUUUCCCACCAUGGUAAGCGGGUGAGUGGUGGUGGUGGUGGUUGGGAGGCGGGGGACGUGGAACGUUGCUUGGUUUUGCUGCAGCGUAGCACAUUAUUCGGAGAACUCCCAUUAUAGGGAGUGCCUCCUCCCUCGUUGGCCUUGUGUUCUCUUUACUAAUACCGUUUUAUUGAACAUGUUUAAUAGGUUGUGGGCUAGUGGUCAACAAAACCCUUAAGAGUCCUGGAUAUCCAAGCCACUACCCAAGCAAUACACACUGUGUGUACAGUGUUUCUAUUCCAGAGGGAAUGGCGCUGAAAAUAGUGUUUCUCGAUUUUUGGUUGCAGGACCCUCUAAUACCACGCAUGAUGUCCUUGUGGUGAGCAAUUAUAGUAUGCAGGUUACUUGUAAGACCAGCCUGUUCGCAGGGUAGUUUAAUACAUUCUUAUUCAACCCCUCCUUGUUUUUCCAAUAAGAACCAUAAAAACUUUGUGUAGUUUAAAAUGUGGAAGUGGAUAACGAAAUGCUCAAUAAAGAAUUGAAGCAAUUUGUGAACCUUAUGAAACCCUACUAGAGUCAUGUUAGAAUUUUAAGCGUGGGCUAUUUAUUUCUAUAUUUAAUUUCUUGCAGCUUUUAUGAUUACCUAAAGGUUGCAAACGAAAACAAUGUGGAGGUCGGUAGAUUCUGUGGGGAGCUUACUGGCGAAGAAGCUGUAGUUGGAGGAAGUCAAGCAUUAUUAACUUUUUUCUCAAACGGAUGGAGAGAAAAAAGAGGAUUUUUCCUUAAUUUUACUUUUUUGGAGCCUUGUAAGUGCCCAAAGCGUGCUGCGAGUUGUUAUGGUGGGCUUCGAUAUGCAAAUGUGUUACUCACCAGGGGCACCCAACGAGAAUAUAGUUCAAAACCACUUAAACAUAGCAUUGUUAAACGUAUUUUAGUAUUUAAUCGGUAGAUAUAGGCAUAUUUUUAUCCCCUAAAAAUUUUUCAUCUGUUCGGAUUUCCUAGCUGAAAGUCUCGAGAUCCGAAAAUCAUAGGGAUCAAAACUUACCUUUUCGAAAAUUUCAGCCAGAAAAAACGCUCCCGAAAAUUCUAGGUGAGCUUUUUAGGGUAAAAAUCCGUUAAAAAUGGGCAAUUACACCAAGUUUUAGAUGUUCGAAAAUCCUAGGAGAGGUAGGCAGGCAAGAAAUUUUACAAAAAAUGUUCCGGAAAUUCUAGAUCUCAAAUCGUCUUCCGAACAGAUAUUUUCCGAAAAUUGGCGUUGGGUGCCCCUGACUCACUCAGAUGUAGGCAAUCUUCGGCUCCGAAAUCGAGAGACUUCGCUGCCCGAUAUGAAAACGACAUAUUGGCGUUGUUGCCGAAGUGCACUUUGGAUACUCAUUUACUCGCUCUAACUCUGUCAAUAUAAUCUACGAUGAGUAUCUCGAUCAUAAGGCCACUUGAACGGUGUAACUCCUGAGACUCGGAGAGUUGAGCUCGUGGAUACGCGAAGCGUGUUUUGAGAGGUACAUGCACGACAGCCGCGGGAAUGUUCUUGGGCAUAUCAUUUUGAAUGAAUUAUUUUUUUUAUCACAUGACUUCUAGAUUUUCUAUACGGUGUAUUCGCGAGUUCCGCAUUGUUUUUACUUUGAACAUGCAUUGAUAUUGCAUGUCAUUAUGAUGCAUUGCAUCCCUCUUUAUUGUAUUGCAUUGCAUUGUAUUUUUUUGUAUCGUAUUACCGGAGUUGCUAAGGCGUUUACGCGUUAAUAAAUGGGGAAUUUCAUGAUGCCUCGCAACGGCAGCGGCAAUGAGGACGUCAAAAAUCUAGUAGGCCCCCUGCAAGCGGACGCAACAUUGUUGCUUCCGCUUGCAUGUCGCUUUAGGUUAGGUUUCUCGAGAAACUUCCGACUCCGACUGUAUUCUAAUCCAUUGUGUUGAAGUAAAUGCUGUUUUUUGCGUAUCAUUGUACUGCACCUUAGAUAACAGAAGAACUUAUUUGUCUUUUCAGUCUUUCCCAAUAUUACAGCGCCAGUUCCAGGUACUAUUAUUCGAACACCAGCUGGUGUCACGAAACUAAAGUGCACAUCCACGGGGACACCUUCUAUAUACACAGCAAUAAUAUUCAACGGAAGUGUGCAGCAAAAUACAACCAGAUCUGCAGAAUUGAGCUUAAAUGAAGGAGGAAACUACAGUUGUGUUGCCACUAGCUAUUAUGGAACUAAUAUAAGGGUUAUUCCUGUUGUUAUCAUAGGUAAGACUAUGUUCUAUUAUUUAUUGAGUUUAGCUACUAACAUUCCUAUUAUUCCAAAAAAUGCGGCAUUUUGAGACGCCAUUCUGGAUCAUGAUUAACAGCUUGGCCGCGUGGCGAGUUUGCAAGUUUUAAGUGUUUACAAGUGAGAACCUCUCAUUAUUCAGGGAUAUUGUCUCCAAGUUUCAUAUUUUCGUGGACAACAAUAGCCAACAUUUCUGCAUAUUUCAAAUGCAUUUUUAGCUACUGCUGUUUUAGGAAAAUGAAACUUGGAGACAACGCCCCUUGAAUAAUGAGAGGCGGGUCUUGCUUGUUAACACCAAAUUGCCGACAAAAUUAGCGAAUUGAAGCCCUUAUUUUACUGCCUUGCAAAGGUAAAAAUAAAACGAUCUAUUAAUCACGAGAAUCUCAAUUUUUUUUCGACCUCAUAUCCCAGCUGGGAUGACGAGCUUGAGUGAUCUAGCAGUUUCAAAAUUAUUCGCUUAUCUGUUUAAGUAGGCCAAACUGUUUACAAAACCACUAGCUAUAGAGCGCCUCAAAGCAUACUAAUGAAAUCCUUCUUCGUUGCGAUCGACUAAGGCUAUCUCCAUGAUCUUUCACACACGUUUUUAAAAAGAUUGAAACUCCUAUGAGAUAAAAUUGCUUAUAGUAUCCAUUUGUUUGUUUUCAUACAGUUAUGUACUACGUUUUCUUCUUUUAUUACUGUUUAAUAGUAAAUAUUGUACUUAUCUAUUUUUUUAAGUAAAAUAUUUGUAAUUUUAGUUAAGCACUAGUUAGAGAUGCAGGCGAGGAGCCACAUAGUGGAUGUACUGCAGUAAAGUCAUUAUUAUUAUCACUAUUAUUAUUACUAUUAAUUUAAAAGCGUUUCGACGGAUAACGGCUGAAAAUCAAGAUUGUCCAGUUUUAACCGUAUUUCGGACUCUCCGACCAUAAAAACUUCAUCCCAAAGUAUGUCGAUAACGCUUGCAUAGAUUUUUCUUAAAAGAUUUCCCCAGUGCCACGAAAUACAGCUGCAAGUAAUAUAAGUAAUGGUGUCAAAUCGUUGUCGUUACAACUUCGCUGUCAUUGUAUUCCUGAUCAUAACAAAUUUUCAAUUUUAUCCAAUAAAGCUGUGGUAAUUUUUCCAAAUCUCUGUUAAUGGCGACAUAGUUUUUGCUUAAACUUGAGAGAUAUUGACCCUGAAAAACCCUACCGACCCACCUUAAACAUGAUCCAAAAUGGCGGUUCAUAGAGUGGCAUGUUUUAACAUCUUUUAAGAAGGUUUUAAUUGGACCGGAGGGGCUUUGAAGGCUCUGAGAACAGUCAGAAACUCAAUGCAUUGUCAUGUUUUUACGUGUUUCUGGAGUGAAACAAAGGCUGUGUCAUGGUUGUCCUGUUUAUUUUGUUGAUAAUACAGUUCAGUACGCGUUCAUAUUCUCUAUGGAAUUUGAAAAUUUUAAGUUCGUGUCAAAGAAAUAUGCCUCUCAAACAUUAUUUUAAAAGUUGCAAAACGAACAAUGAACUUUAAAAAAAGUGUUAGGUUAACCAGUUGUCAAUAACCACGACACCGAUCCGUUUCAAUCUUCUUCAAGUUUGCUCAUACGUUACUCCUUUUGAAUUUACUGUGCUGUUGAUACCCUCUUUUCAUGUUGUGAGCAGUAAUUUUUGUUUUUCAAUCAGUUUGGUCGUGGUUUCUACCGUUGAAAUUUUGAUAAUUGUGGUGUCACAGCCCCUUAAAGAAUGGUGCUUUUCAUUUCACAGGUUGUGGCUCGGUUUUCAACAAUACAUUGAAAAGCCCUGAUUAUCCAAAUGACUACCCAAGCAAUAUGCACUGCGUUUACAAGAUCGUUAUUCCAGGGGGCAUGGCAUUGAAAAUCACCUAUCAAGAUUUUCUUUUGGAGUAUCCAAAUGUUUUUACUGGGAAAUGGUAACUUGAGAAACAUUCUUUAUUGACUUUCUAUUACGUCAAUAUUCUGUUACGUCUCUUAGCCAUACUGUCUAAAAAGGUAAACACUAAAGAAUUGUUUUCUUCAGUUGGGGUAUCCAAGAACGAAGUGGUGACUCUCAAACUCUCCAUUUUGAGCUGGAAAGUGGCUCUUUCUUCUUUUCGGCUUAAAUUAUCCAAUUCCAGGGCUUACCUAUUACAAAUCUUUUUCUAUAAUUCACAAUGACUUUGGCUUGUCACGUGACGAGACGUGACGGCCAAUCUUAAAUCGGACCACAAUGAAAACUACUGGAAUUUCCAGUAAUUGUGUUAUUCAUUAUUGUUAUCGGUAUUUAAUGUUACACUUACCUAGACAUUCCUUGACGCCAUUUAGAAACGAAAAUGCAAUAUUCUCUAUCAUAUAUUGAGCGAUAUAUGCCAUGUACAUAUGCCUUAGGUAAAUUGACAGUAUUCAAAUAAGUUGUCCACUUAGCAGCUUCAAGUUCACUCGGCUAACCAUCAAUGUUACGAUUGUGAGUCCUCCGCCCCCCUCCCACCACCAUAGCAUAAAGCAACCCCCUUGAGCUAGUUUUAUUAUUGAUCAACUAUAAUUUUGCGUUUCAGUUAUGAUUAUUUAAAAGUUACAGAUGAUGAAAACAAUUACGUUACUCAUGAUUGUGGUCAAAGUACUGGAAAGGAAAUAUUUGUGGGUGGCAAAGAAGCUUUGAUAACAUUCCACUCUGACGGUGAUUACCAAAACAGAGGAUUUAUGCUGCUGUUCACCUUUAUUCAUCCCAGUAAGUGGUUUUGUAAGAAUUGAGUUCAACAAAACCACAACAAUAGCUCAAAUCAAAUUUCUACACAGCUAAUUCAUUUAAAAUAUUUUGGGCAUGGGGAAAAUUUAAUAAUUCUUUGAUCUUUUCUUCUUCUUCUUCACAAUAAGAGGACAAAGGACGUUCGGAGGGUGGUGGAGGGGGGGGGGGCAGGGUAACUUUUUGUCGAAAUUUAGGUAGCUGUUGCGUGGAUCGUGCGUGGAUCACUAAGAUGGAAGUGAACAACUUUUUGCUACAUUUCUAUUGGUUUGGUUGGUGUUCGAAGAUGCUAAGCAACAAAACCGCGAUAAUACAACCAGGCCCUGUUUUCGCAACUUUUUUUUAACUUGGCGGUUAAGAAACGCUUUUGGCGAUGAAUUUCAAGAGAAAAUGUAAGGAAACAAUUUGAACCACUAGCUUUAAAACAAGAACAAACAUCGAGGUAACAGAAUAGGUGUUUAAUUCAUAGACGGGUUUCAUCUGCUCUGUCAAGCAUGUUUUCUUCAAAUGUGCUGAAGUGCCUUCAGUUUUUUUAAUUCAUGUUUAAUGCAUAACAAAACAUAACUUUAUUAUUUAUAUAGCGCAAAAUACAUUGGUAUAUGAUCUAAUGCGCUUUACAUUACAAUGCUUAUAAUACUACAAUAAAAUGGAUAAAAAAUUACAGCUUUUCUAAAUAGUUAAUAAAUGGAUACUAGAUAAAAAUAUUAUAUAUGCGUGCAAAAAAUCUAUGUUAAAAUAUUAUAGGUUAUAAGCUAAAAGCUAAUUUAAAACAAUGAGUUUUUAACCGUGCCAUAAAAGUUUUGAGACUGCCCAAAGCUCUCAACUCGUCUGGAAGAGAGUUCCACAGGGUCGGCGCGGCUGCAAAGAACGCCCUGUCUCCUGUUGUCUUCUUGGUCUUGUUGGGCAGAUCGAGCAGUACGUGUUUUGUAUUUGAUCGCAGGUUAUAAUUUGACUGUGGCUUGCGGCUCAAACAGAGUUUUCCUGUAGAGGUUCGACGACAAAAUGCCUUUUGAAUACUAUAUUUAAAAUAUAGAAGACUACCUGUAGUGAUUUAUUUUAUUUAUUUAUUUUCUUUUUUCGCAUCAAUAAGCUUUACCCAAGAUAAUUCUACCAGAUCCUGCUUUUACUGUGCGCGCAUUUAAAGAUGCUAGAUUAUCAGUAACAACCACUGGAACUCCACCGAUAGUUUUAAGUUUUAUGAAGAACUCCACAGUACUUGGACGUGCAGUCAGCACUGGAAAGUUCAAAUUAUCAGCUCAAGGAAACUACAGUUGUGUAGCAGUCAAUAAUUAUGGAAACUAUACGAGAACUGAUUUCAGUGUCGUUUUUAUCGGUAAGUACUGUUUGGUUUGUGAUGUCGUAUCAUUUUUCUAUCAAAUCCCUCUUCACCCUCGGACUUACAUUCAGUCACACCCCCACCGUGGUACAAGGGGGAGGGGGGGGGGUUGAUAGAACCCCCUUGGGUUGUUAAUAUGCUGCAAUUUUGCCUUCGGUGGAAAGCCUUUGAUCUUCUCUACAAGAGGAGAUAUAUUUUAUGGGUGGUGGCGCUGCUGAAGGUUUGUGACGUCACCAAACAUGGUCACCAUCUUGACCGCCGUCUUGGAUUUUAUCAAGAAUUAGAAAUCAGGUAAAAACAGUGUGAAUUAAUAAUUUUUUGCGUUUAACAUGUAAAAUAACACAUAAAUAAUUACUUGGCAUCAUUUCAUCCACAAGUUUUACUUGUGAAAAAAGUUGAAAAAACAUGCAUUUUCACUCAAAAAUGGCUUGACACCUGGUACUUAUGACGUCUUAUCUCGUAACCAUAGUAACUGACCGUCACUAAACUUGUCUUAAAAUGCGCGCGAAGGAAAAACUAACAGCUACAGAAAACUUCAGGUGCUGAUGUUUUAUCGUCUAGGGAAAAAAUUAGAAAAACCUUGGUGGGGUUGGCAACCACCUCCCCUCUCCUUGUACUUCCUAGGGUUAAUACAAUCUGUCCCUCAAACUGCAUACAUGUCAGUUAUUGUUUUCAAACGAUCCUAAUAGUCAGAAAUAGUUAUUAGGAGCUUUUUAUUCUCUUAUCUUUAAAUAUUCUUUGAUGCAGAUUGCAGACAAGAAUGCACUAUGUCUGUGAUUCCUGAAAAUAGCAUUUCUUGUCAGAAUGUGACGUCUUCUGUAUCUGACUUUAUCGAGGAAUGCGCACCAACGAUUACCGACAUUCUGUAA